AUGAGCCCGAAGGCCAUGGAAGUAGACCUUGUCGCACAAGCGCUUCAGUACAAACUGAAGUGCUACUUUGACCGCGGGACGCUAUAUUUCGUGGGAGGCUUCGCUAUACGAGCGAAGGGAAGCGAUAGAGUCACCAACGACAUUGACUUGGAAUUCUCUGAACUUGGAAGCGGAAAUCUGAGGAUAUUGAUAUCGAAAAUAGAAAGCUCUGGUUUUAAUAUCAUUAGAGAGACCAAAAACGGAUUCGACGCGGUAGACAAAGCAACUGGUGUAAGGGUCAACGUUCGAGCGAGAAGUUUCCAAGGUGUUGAUGUUAAACCCUUUUCGACAAAGUGUGGAGGAUACGAUGUGGUUUGCGAUGAUGUUCAGCUAAUACAAAAGUUGAACGCAUUGCCUAAUCGGCGGGACAUAACUAAGCAGAAAACCGACCUUAUGGACAUUAACUUCCUUCUCACGAGAGGUCUAUCAAUUCGAAAGGAGUUGGUGAGUUUCUUCAAUCAGAAAGAAGCUUUGCUAAAAGGUGUUAGAAGUGGAAGAAUUGUUUUACAGGAUGGGGGUUUGAGAGCCCAAGUGCUGAUCAAGGGUUUAGAAGAAAUGGGUCUCUUAGAAAUAGUAGAUUUCAUGAACACAGAGUCCGAAUAA